AUGCCUCUGGCCCGCAAAAGACAAGCGCCCGAGCCCGCGGACUCGGACGACGAAGUCCCCCAACCUAGCGCAGCUCGUCGUCAAAGAACGCGCUCCUCUUCAGCUGCUGGAGAUGACAGCGAAGAUGGCAAUAGCGGCGCACCAUCAAGUCUCGAUGCCAUGGUCAAAAAAAUGGUCCGUCUCGCUCUCGCGAGCGAGUACUCACGUCUUCCCAUCCGUCGAACAGACAUCAGCGCCAAAGUCUUGGGCGAGCAGGGAACGCGCCAGUUCAAGGUUGUCUUUGAGCAAGCGCAAAAGGAGCUGAAGACUCGGUUUGGAAUGGAGAUGGUUGAAUUACCUGCGCGCGAGAAGACGACUAUUUCCCAGCGGCGGGCCGCUCAGAAAACCGACAAACCAUCAUCCGGAAAUAAAUCCUGGAUCCUAACGACAACACUACCACAAUCCUACCAAACAUCCGCCAUAUUACCCCCCACCAAAGCGCCCUCCGUAGGCACAGAAAGUACCUACACAGGACUCUACAGUUUCAUCAUAGCCCUGAUAACGCUAAACGGCGGCUCACUCGCCGAACCGAAACUGGACCGCUACCUCGCCCGCAUGAACGCAGAAUCACACACCCCCAUCGACCGCACAGACAAACUCCUCCUGCGCAUGAUCCGCGAGGGCUACCUCGUACGAACGCGAGAAAUGGACGGCGGGGAGGAACAGAUCGAGUUCCUGGUCGGCCCGCGGGGUAAAGUCGAAGUGGGGACGAAUGGCGUGGCUGGGCUUGUUCGGGAGGUUUAUGGACGCGGAGAAGGAACGCCCAAAGCCAGCGGCAGGGUCCCCGGAUAUGGGGACGGAGACGAAGACGUGCUAGGCGGGGAAAUGACACAGAUGGAGGAAGAGGAGAGGGAGGCGUUCGAGGGCAGGCUGAGGAGGAGUCUGGGGAUUCGUGAACGCCCCGGGCAAACCCAGGAGGCUGGAUCGAGUGGACAACGUGGUCGCGGUGGCGGAGAGGAGGUGGAGGCGGAUGCAGAUGCAGAUGCGCGGCGGCGUGAGGGGCCGAGACGGUCCAGGCGCUCUGCCCCUGCGACGCAGCACGAUUCUGAGUCUUCGGGUGAGGAAGAUUCAGCCACUGAUUCGGAUUGA